UAGAUGUGACCAAUGAGAAGUUCUCUUUGUUUUCAUCCGGGUUUGGAGACAGUAGCAGUCAUGGCGCCGCCCGUGAGGUACUGCAUCCCUGGCGAACGUCUGUGUAACUUGGAAGAGGGUAGCCCGGGCAGUGGCACCUACACCCGACAUGGCUACAUCUUUUCGUCCCUGGCGGGUUGUUUGACGAAGAGGAGCGAGAACGGCGCGCUUCCUGUGGUAUCUGUGAUGCGGGAAACAGAGUCCCAGUUACUUCCAGAUGUGGGAGCUAUUGUCACCUGUAAGGUCUCUAGCAUCAAUUCACGUUUUGCUAAAGUUCACAUCUUAUAUGUAGGCUCUACACCACUUAAGAACUCUUUUCGAGGAACUAUCCGCAAGGAAGACGUCCGAGCAACUGAAAAAGACAAGGUUGAAAUUUAUAAGAGUUUCCGCCCAGGUGACAUUGUCUUGGCCAAAGUGAUCUCCCUUGGUGACGCACAGUCCAAUUACUUACUGACCACUGCUGAAAACGAGCUUGGAGUGGUAGUGGCCCACAGUGAGUCAGGUGUCCAGAUGGUUCCCAUUAGCUGGUGUGAGAUGCAGUGCCCGAAGACCCACACAAAAGAAUUCCGGAAAGUGGCCCGAGUGCAGCCUGAAUUCUUGCAGACCUGAGAAGCCACAUUUUACCCCAGGGAAGGGAGGAUACUAUUUACAAGAGUACAUGUAUAAAAAUUA